AUGUACUGUGUCGAAUGCGGGCAGCUUCUGCCCUCGCCGCGCGACGCCAGCACCAUCUGCAGCAAAUGCAAGACGCCUCUCUCGACCUGGUGGGACGAGAGCACGCAGACGAGCCGCACAAAUCGCGAGUCCACCACCGUGCCCCCUGAGCGCCAGAGCGCCUACCCCAAGACGGCAGCGACGGGGAGCGCGUACGCCAUGAAUGCGAGCGGGAGCGGGGGCGGUAGCCACCUGGUGGAGCGGGCUGGCUUUGUGGAAGGCCGAGGCGGGCUCAGAUACGGCGGUGCGGCGGGCUUCGUUGUUGGCGGGGUCGGGUUUGGUGAUGCGGAGGGUAUGAGCAAGAGGCGGAAUCAGCAGACGGAGGAGGAGCGGAACUUCAACGCCGCGCUGGUGACGCUCGAGCUGCAUUUCGAGCGUCCGGGCACGUAUCUGAUGAAGGCUAUGGUGGAGGUCAAGAAGAUGGUGGCCAGGACGCUGGAUUUGAGUCUGAAUAAGGCGGAGGUUAGAGAAACCCUGGCCAAGAACGUAGAUGUCUGGAUGCAUCUCCAGAAGAUUUUCAACACGGCUAUCCCUUCCCUUGAUAAGUGGUCGCUCGGCGGCGGCUCCAAGCUCGAUUCGCAUGACGGCGUGCGCAACGGCCAUGAUGUCUCCGAGUCUGCGGAACUCAUUCUGAAGAAUUACGAUGCGUUGAGGGAGGAUCUGCACUAUCUUAAUAAUCUGCUUGUUAUAAGUAGGAAUAUGCUGGCAAUCAAGGACACGGCGCAGGAUAUUUGUGCGGCAGUGCGCUUUGAUCGGGCGGUGCAGAGACUGAUGGUGCUGUGUGUGAAUGUGACGAGUAAGGGGUAUGAUGGGGAGACAGUGGAUGUUGGGCGGAGAGAGAAGCUGAAUGAGAUUACGGAGCUUUAUAAGAAACUUCUGGUGACUUGUUUGCAGCAUACGCAUAACUGGACCAUGGGCAAUGAUCGGUUCAAGAUGUCCUUCUGGUAUGAGAUGCUGUUUGACGAGGAUCUGAAGAAUGAUCCCAUUCAUGAGAUGCCGCCUGACGACCUGGACGUCGAGAAGGUGCAUAUCGAGGUGAGCAAUUGGAUCAGGCGACAUCACACGAAGGAUCCGCUCGCUGCCAAGUUGCUAGAUAAGUACUCGGCGGAAGUUUCCUCGGGCUACACGCCUGGAAAGCUACCUCAACCUGAAUACGACGAUGUCGAUUCCAGCACGGUGGCAUUGACAUCUCCAGUAUGGAAACCGGAUUUGGAGGAUAAGUAUGAGCAGGAUAGGCUAUACGCGAGGGUAUCGCAUGAAAUCGAUGUGUGGUGGAAGAAAGUCCGAGAUGCGAACUUUGAUGGCUGGGUCGUGCAGAUGGAGACAGUGGAGCGUGCCCAGGAAAGGGCGGCGGCUUGUAAGGAGAAUGCGAUGCAUCGUUACAUGCCGAGAGGGCAGGAAGCCGAUCAUUACGACCAGGAGGAGCAUUAUGAGCAGCUUGGCCAUGGUCAAGUGCAUUCUGAUGAGAUUGAUGAGCGCUCGAUUGAAGGAGACAAUGGCGAGGACGACGAUGAUGAAGAGGACGAUGAUGAAUCGUAUGCUGAGGGCCCGCUGAGGGGGCUCUUGACGGAGAUCCCGAAUAUCCUGGACACGAAACAGAUUGAGGCUUUGCAUAUGACAGUCAAAGCCUGCAUUGUUGAUUCUAUGGGAUCAGGUCUCACGCCUGCAGGAGAGAAUCUGCAGAAGACGAGAUGCAAGAUGUUCUUGGCUUUGGACUGUGGCAAGAACCUCCUGAGAGAGCUGCUGGUGUUUAUUGCUGUUUGGGAGCAGACGGACCAGCAAUUCAUCUUCCAGAUCACCGCGCAGAUCAUCGAGUCCUUCCACCAUAACGCUUUACUGCCGUAUGCGUGGAACUCGCUACGGAUCCUCAAGGAUAUCGUAUCGCCAGCACAAACAGUCUUGCUGCGUCUCAUCAACUACAUGUUCCGCGCUCGCAAGGACAGUCCUAUCUACGACGAUGUCAAAGAUUACCAACGAGAUGCGAAGCUCAUCCACUUCCUUUACAACUACUUCCGCUCUCGCGUUGUACCCGAUUGCCUGGCACUGAUCUACGCCCAAGCCCAAAUCCGCCAGCAAAAGAAGCAUCACAGCGACUUCCCGGUCGACCUAUGGGAUAUGGAGCGUGCCAAAGACGGACUGUCACAAUAUCUCGACUUCAUCUCCGUCAUUGCGGAAAUCACCGAGAUGCGCCACCUCCUCAUCGAAUGGGAAACCGUUUACGAGCUUGUUGCCCUCCUCAAAGCCCUCGAAGCUGGCGUCGCCCGCAAAUCCCUUGACGAACGACCCAUGCCCAACCAGCCGCCUUCCCAAACCCAGUCUCCCCUACAUGACACUCCCCACAAGUUCCCGUGGUCUGGCAUCAAGAUCCAAAUCCUGAUCAUCCUCACUGCGCUGAUUGCGCCCACCAACGCGCGUCGCAACGGCCCUGGUAAUCCUACCGUACAGAAACAGCUUUUGGAUCAUGAGGGUAUCAUGCCGCUGCUGAACUGCUGUGUGUACGACGGUCAUAACGAGUAUUUGAAGGAGCGCGCAACGCUGGCUAUCAAGUUUUUGAUGGAGGGGUGUAAAGAGGCGCAGGACUUUGUCAAAGAGCUCGUGCCGAUUAAGCAGGCGCAAGUGCAGGCGCAGGCGGCUGUUAGGGCGCAGGCUGAAGCGAAUGCCCGGAAUGGUGGUGCGGGUGCGGUAGCUGGUAGCGAGAGGACGGGGCAGACGGCGAGGCAGACGGCCGGCAAUGCUGCAAGAGACGUGCCACCGCCGCGGCUGGGUGGCAUUCCGAACGCGGCACAGGCUGCGGGGGAUCGGACGUUAGCGUUGCCGGUGAGGGAGGGCGUGGGCAGGGCGGUACCCGUCCCUAUACGGGUAGCUCUGCCGGAGGUUGCGGGCGAGAGACCGCAGGUGUUCAAGGGGGUGGGGGGCCUCAGCGAGAAGAGCAUGGCUGGGAUCAUGGCUGCGGGGGGCACGCCGGAGCUGCGGGACGAGCUGGAUGCGAAGGUGCUGGAGUUGCGGAAUCAGAUGAAGCUCGUCCGGGAGGGGGUUCGGAGGGAAGAGAUGGCAGAGGGGACUUCUGGAAAUGGAGGGAGUAGCCGGUCGGAGGGGAAAAAGUGA